AUGUCUCCAACUACGGGGAACUCUGCCACCGAUGUGUCGGUCUGGGAACAAGCCUAUCACGACGCAUGGCGACACUUUCAAGCUAGCACCUUGGACGUGUUAGACAGGCUGGCCUGGCACAUUUUAUCUCCUGAAUAUCGCCAAACAACCAUUGAACAGUUAGGCCGGCUUCCAAUCGAGGUAGACAAUAUCCGAAGCACGGGACAGGCAAUGUUUGAACAUGCUCCAGGCUGCCGGACUGUGCGAGAACAUCAUCUUACUUACUUCGCCGAUGAUUUCAUCCGGGACUGUCUCAAGCUCGAUUUCAUGCUGAAUAUGCUGUCAUGGAACCUCAUGAAUCGUCCGAAUAGUGACAGGGCAGUCUACAAUGGUCUUCUCAAGCUACUGCACUCCAACAAGGAUCGGGUUCCCGAUUGA